AGCUUGGGGCCCGCAUCUGCUCUCGCCCUGGGCCUCACGGUGCGCAGCUUCUGCCCCUGCCUGUCCCUCCUCUCCCGGCGCCAGUCGGGCCCGGGCUGAGGCGGUAGCUCCGGCCAUGGUGCGGGGCGGGGCGGCGGUGUUGCGGAAGUAUGGCAACUUCAUCGAUGAUUUACGGCUGUAUGUGAGAGGAGGAACUGGUGGCAUGGGUUAUCCUCGCCUGGGUGGGGAAGGAGGAAGAGGUGGUGAUGUCUGGUUCGUUGCCCAGGAAAGAAUUACCUUAAAGAGCAUUAGGGAGAAAUACCCUCGGAAGCGAUUUGUAGCUGGAACAGGAGCCAACAGCAGUGUUAAAGCACUAAAAGGUGACAAAGGAAAAGACUGUGAAGUUCGUGUGCCUCUGGGAAUUUCAGUUCUCUGUGAUGAUGGCAAGCAGAUUGGAGAGCUUAAUGCAGCAGGAGAGAGAUUCUUGGCAGCACGUGGAGGUCUUGGAGGCUGUUUGGCCACAAACUUUGUGCCUUGCAAAGGUCAGAGGCGAAUUGUGCGUCUUGAUUUGAAACUUAUAGCAGAUGUUGGCUUAGUUGGGUUUCCAAAUGCGGGAAAAUCAUCCUUGUUAAGUAAGGUUUCUCAUGCCAAACCUGAGAUUGCAAAUUAUGCAUUUACAACAAUACAGCCUCAACUGGGUAAGAUCAUGUAUGCGGAUUAUAAACAGAUCUUGGUAGCUGAUCUCCCAGGACUGAUUGAAGGUGCACAUGCAAACAGAGGGAUGGGCCACAAAUUUCUCAAACAUGUAGAAAGAACCAAACAGCUUCUCUUAGUUGUUGAUAUUUCUGGGUUUCAGCUGUCUGUUAAGACUCGGUUCAGAACAGCCUUUGAAACUAUACUGCUUCUAACAAAGGAACUGGAACUGUACAAAGAGGAACUGCUAACAAAGCCUGCACUUCUUGCAGUUAAUAAGAUGGAUUUGCCUUGUGCAAAGGAUAACUUGAAUGAGCUUAUGAAACAACUACAGAAUCCUCAAGACUACUUACACUUACUAGAAGAAGAAAUGAUUCCUGCAAAUACACUUGAAUUCAAAGAUAUAAUUCCUAUAUCUGCACAAACUGGAGAAGGAAUUGAGGAAUUAAAAGCGAGUAUAAGGAAGUCCAUAACUGAGGAAGCAGAGCAGGAGAAUGAAGAAUAUCGGAAAAAGAAACUACUACUUUUACACACUUCAGAAGAACAGAUGAAUAGAAGAUAGUAUUUGUGGCUGGAUCCAACACAUUUUAGUAUUUUCCCCUAUAUGUAUGAACCCAUUUAAUUUUGGUUCCCUUUGCCACCACUGCCCACUUCUCUACUCCCUCCCCCACGUUGGCUCAGUGUCUUUUGGCACCUGGGUAGCGCACAGUGGGGAAAAAAACAGGGUUUUGUGAUUUACCUUGACUACCGACUCAACAGAAUAAAGACCAAAGUAUGUGCAACUCAAA